CCUGCAGAACCUUGGACAGAAGCUCCGGAGCCGCCGCCGCCGCCGCCGAGCGCGAGCCCCGCCGAGCCCCGCCGAGCUCCGGGACCGCGGCGUCGAGCCGCGGCGCGCAUUGCAGAGGGUGCAGAGCGCAGGAGCCACCUGCUCGAUCCGAAGGGGCGGCACGCGACCCCGUGAGCGCCCCGGCCUCCGCCUGGCCGCCUCGGGCUCAGUGAAGUGUUUCGUCCCUCCGGCCGGCAGGCUGGGCGCGCAGGGGCGCAGGUCCCCGCCCGGCGCGCAGCGGCACCAUGGGCACGGUGCUGUCCCUGUCCCCCAGCUACCGGAAGGCCACGCUGUUUGAGGAUGGCGCGGCCACGGUGGGCCACUACACGGCCGUGCAGAACAGCAAGAACGCCAAGGACAAGAACCUGAAGCGGCACUCUAUCAUCUCCGUGCUGCCUUGGAAGAGGAUCGUGGCCGUGUCGGCCAAGAAGAAGAACUCCAAGAAGGUGCAGCCCAACAGCAGCUACCAGAACAACAUCACGCACCUCAACAAUGAGAACCUAAAGAAGUCGCUGUCGUGCGCCAACCUGUCCACGUUCGCCCAGCCCCCACCGGCGCAGCCGCCCGCACCCCCUGCCAGCCAGCUCUCCGGCUCCCAGACCGGGGUCUCCUCCUCCGUCAAGAAGGCCCCGCAUCCUGCCGUCACCUCCUCAGGGACGCCCAAACGGGUCAUCGUCCAGGCGUCCACCAGCGAGCUGCUGCGCUGCCUGGGUGAGUUUCUCUGUCGCCGGUGCUACCGCCUGAAGCACCUGUCCCCCACGGACCCUGUGCUCUGGCUGCGCAGCGUGGACCGCUCGCUGCUCCUGCAGGGCUGGCAGGACCAGGGCUUCAUCACGCCCGCCAACGUGGUCUUCCUUUACAUGCUCUGCCGGGAUGUCAUCUCCUCCGAGGUGGGCUCCGACCACGAGCUCCAGGCCGUCCUGCUGACCUGCCUGUACCUCUCCUACUCCUACAUGGGCAAUGAGAUCUCCUACCCACUCAAGCCUUUCCUGGUGGAGAGCUGCAAGGAGGCCUUUUGGGACCGCUGCCUCUCCGUCAUCAACCUCAUGAGCUCCAAGAUGCUGCAGAUCAACGCCGACCCCCACUACUUCACACAGGUGUUCUCCGACCUGAAGAACGAGAGUGGCCAGGAGGACAAGAAGCGGCUCCUCCUAGGGCUGGACCGGUGAGCCCGCGAGCCUGCAUCACGGCUCAAGGAUUCAAUUCAUUUUUAAAAAUUUAUUAUUAAAUCAGA